CCUAAAAUUUAAAUUUAAAAGUGCCUACUUCCGAAAAUAAAUCAACAAUGUAUGUGGUGUUGGGCUCUCGUUCAGGCAAAAUAUUAUAUAAGACUGCAAUUAAAUUACAAUGCAAUUUAUUAAAAAGACCACUUAUCCAUCAUGAAAAGUCCCUACGGUUUCAUUCGACUCGCCGAUUGGAGGAAGCUUAUAAAUUAAUAAAAACUAAGUGCUAUUCCAAAAAACUUCCUCAAGAUGUGAACCCGAAGGCAGUAUUUGCCUGCAAUGAAUUGGACUUGAAGGAAGUAAAGGUGUAUGGCUUCGACUAUGAUUACACAUUGGCAUGUUAUAAACCCUCAUUAGAACACCUUUUAUACAAUUUAGGCAGACAAACGCUUAUUGAACAAUAUAAGUAUCCACCUGAAAUUGCAAAUCUAGAAUAUAUCCCAGGUUUUGCAGUAAGGGGUCUGCACUACGAUGUAGAGAAGGGUGUGUUACUAAAAUUAGAUUCAUUUUUACAAAUUCAGUUUGGUACUGUUUACAGAGGACUGAAAGCAUUGUCAAAAGAAGAAGUCCUUGAUCUUUACAAAAACAGGAUUAUACCUAUUGCUUAUGUCGAGGGACAUACUAAAAAUGCCUCGUUGGUAUUACAGGACACACAUUCAAAGAUGGUCCAGCUUGCAGAUCUAUUUUCCGUACCUGAAAUGGGUCUUAUUUGCAAUGUGACUGAUUAUUUUGAAACAAAUCAUAUUGAUUAUCACCCGGAAAUACUCUUUAGGGAUGUUAAAAGUUCAAUUAGAAAUUCCCACCCUGUAAUGCACAAGAUAGUAGGGCAGAAUGUUGCAGAAUAUAUAGAAACAAAUGACAAAAUGAGACCGUUUUUUGAUCGAUUAGUAAAUGCUGGAAAGAAGUUGUUCCUGGUAACAAACAGUCCAUAUCACUUUGUAAACAAAGGAAUGGAACUUUUAAUAGGUCCAGAUUGGAAAGACUAUUUUGAUGUAUUAAUUGUACAGGCCAGAAAACCUAGAUUCUUUACUGAUGUGUCUAGACCUAUUCGAGUAUUUGACGAACGUAGUGGUACUCAUAUUUGGGAUAGAGUUAACAAGUUGGACAAAGGAAUUAUCUAUUAUGAAGGCACUGUAAAGCAACUUCAAGAGUUGACAGGAUGGAGAGGACAUCAAGUUUUAUAUUUUGGUGAUCAUCCUUAUAGCGACUUAGCAGAUGUUACUUUGGAACAUGGGUGGAGAACUGGUGCCAUUAUUACUGAAUUAACCCACGAAAUCGCGACUCUAAAUAAUCCAGAAUUCAAGAAAAAUGCCAACUGGUUACAGAUGCUAACACAGUUAAUAGAAGAUCAUCAAGAUUGCGAGAAUCCUGAAGAGCAAGCCGUUUUAGCAAAGUGGAUGAGCGAGAGGGAUAGGUUAAGGCAAGACAUAAAAUGCGUUUUUAACAAGCAGUUUGGAAGCGUUUUUAGAACUUACCAUAACCCUACCUACUUCUCUAGGAGACUCUUUAGGUUUGCCGAUAUUUACACCUCAAAUUUAACAAAUCUAUUAAAUUAUUCUGUGAAUCAUACGUUUUAUCCGAGAAGAGGUGUUAUGCCACACGAGUAUAUAUCUUACUUUGUUUAACAUUAGAUUGUGUUAGAAAAUAACAAAUUGUAUACCUAUUUAAAUUAAUUUUUUCAAACGGUAUGUUCUGGUGGAAUUUUACACUGGAUCAAGUGGAAUUUGGAGGUUUUCUUAAGUUUCUAUAGAGCUUUUAAUUUAAAACAGUAAUCAGUGGCUUAGGCUAUUUUAACCUUUUCAUUAAAAAAUCUAUUAUUUAAAAAACCAAUAGUUGUAUCUAAUUUGAAUGCAAAUGCGGCUCGUUAGCUGGUCUCACAUUAAUUUUUUCUUAUUAAUUCGACUAUUGAAUCAGAAUUAUAGAUUGGUAAUUGUUUUUUCGCUUCUAGGGAAAAAUCAAACUGGCUAAUAAACACGUCAAUUUUUAAAUACUAAGUUCUUUAACACUGGUAAACAGCCAUUUUGUCGCAAGUGUUUGGGCAUGUUUUCUUUGGUAAUUUUGGUCUACUGAGUCAGAAAAUCAUGUCCAUUUUGUCCUAUCAGAUCAAGUUUUUAAGAUAUUGUUUGCACUUAUGCAAAAAUUCAGCAUUUUUUUUCGGCAAUAUUUUUACAAAUAACAACACAUCGAAUAGAGUCCACCUACCCAAUAAAACAUCAAAAAAAUAGGGUAUUUUGAUUUAACAUGCAAUGAAAAUAAUGUUAAAAGUUAUGAAGAACAUGGCUUUUUUGCUCUAUUUCAGAAUUACAUUAAAUUCGCAUGGUUAUAAAACUAGCAUAUCAUGUUGUAUCGCGAUAAUAUUUGCAGGAGUUGUUGCAUAAAAUUUCCGUGAUACUGCUAAAACAGCAAAUAACGUUUGUUGUUUAUCAAACAUAAUUCUCUAAUCCUUUAUCAUUUUUUGAAUUGCAAUAAGCAUGAACAAUAUCAUACUUAAGGUAUUAAAUCAUUAUAGCAUUCAAUAAGAUAACCUGAUCGAAGUCAUAUCAAUUAUAGUUAACUAAUGAUAACUAUGAGAGGAUAUUACGUUUAACGAUAUAGUAUAACGAUUAACUGUUUUUUCAAUUAUUAUGAAUAAUAUGUCCUUUAGUCAAUAAAAAUGUAUUCAGUCGUUCUUGUUUAUUGCAAGUCCCACGUGUUGCAAGCUUUGUUAAUUAUGAAAGAUCUGGCUAAUUGCGAGCUUAAUCAUAAAAUGGAAAGGGAGAUCUCCUGAAAAUUAAUGCACCUGGUCGGUUAUGCUGAAGGCUCCAGCAAUCGUGUGAGUAUUCCAUUUUGCUUGGUUCUUUGCUCCAUAAUUCUGAUAUCCUGGUGAAACGGUUUGCCUUGUUCUUCACUAUAAUCUACUAAAUUGUCAGGAAAAUAGUUCUAGUGACUGAAAAUAAUGGACUUUGCUGCUCAUAUUACAGCCAAGUUUUUUAAAAUUCGAGAGCCAUCUCACCAAAUGUUUCCGAUUAAUGCCUCGUUAUUAGUCGUUUUAUAAUUACCGAGGAAACGACUGAUACGAAGGAUGACUAGUCGCGCCUUUCUUUACCUGAUAAUUUUUCCUCGUCAUGUUCUUGAUAAAAUUUGCAUCUUUGAUUAAUAAUCUUAUUUGGAGCCCGUAAAAAAUUUCCGCUCUAAUUUUAUCCAUGCUCAAUUUAGAGAAAACAGUUUUUAAGUAUUCAAAACAUCCUUCUUUUUAUUAUCUUUUUGCAAGUAUCUAAAUAUCAGUAACAAUUAAACGUACUGAUUGGACAUAACAACUCAUACGCAUAAUUCUAGAAAUAGCUAUGUUGGUAGAGAGAUCCUGAUAUUCAAAUAAAUAUCCCUUUAGUUGAUAGUGCCCAUUUGUUAAUUAUAAAGAAUAACUUCAACAAUUCUUAUCAGGCUAAUUGAUAUUUGGAUAUUGAAAAAUACAUUUGAUUGGAUACUAUUGAUUUAUAGAAUUUAAUUAAUUUUUGUUUGAAUUUGUUUCUGCAGUUUGAAUUUCACAGAAUGAUGGAAAUUACUCGAAAAAUUAUGUUUCCUUUUUCAUUUAAUAAUAUACUUUUUGAUCAGAAAUAGUGCUAACAAUUUUUUUUCAUGGUUCUCGAUCAAAAUGUUUCCAUUAUUGCAAAAUUGUUUUUUUGCAAUAUCUUAAAGACAAGACCUGAUCAAAACAAAUGAAUGUCAUUUUCGAAAUCACUAAAAAACAUAUUAUAGCGCCAAACAAUUUUUUUUUUAUAAAAAAGUUUAAUAAGAGAUCAUAUCAUCUAAAGCUUCUAAGAGCUUAGUAUUUUCUUUUAAUCCUUAACUAGUUCCAUUUACUUGAAGUUUUUUUGAUAGAAUAUUUAAUGUAUUAAGAAUUUUAUCUGAAGAUCAAUCAAUACUUCUUAGAAUACCUAAUACUGUUGUUGGUUUAGAAUAUUAAUUUAACUAAAAUUAUAAUAACGUGACUCAUCUAAUUGAUGAAUUUUAAAUACUGCUUAGAAUGGUAUCAGCUUGAUGCCCGUAGAUUACAAAAAAUGUUGUGCCAAAAUAUGAGAUAAUUCAACGAGUGCUAGAUGAAAUUUGUGUGCUUCAUUGUGUAUAAAUAGCAAAAUAUUUUCCAUUUAAUUUAGCUUAAAGCUCUCCAAUUUUUCUCGACGUCAUGGCAGUACCAUCAACUGUCCUAUUAACAGUAAAUUAGAAAUUUGUUCAUUAUCCAAUUAUCCUGUUAUUAGGUAAUGAUUUAAAGCAAUUGAUUGUUUUUUUAAAUUAAAUCAUGCAAAAAAGUUUUUUUUUAUAUUUGGAAGGAAAUUUUAAAAAGGGUACUAAUGAAUCAUACAGGUUAAAGGACCUGUAUGCUAAGUUGAAAUUUAAGGGCCUUUCAAUCUUCUCCAUACAAAAACUGCUUGACCUUUUCCAUUUACUUUAUUUAAGAAAAACUUCUAAAUGAACAAAAAAAACUUUUUUAUGUUGGUCAACAUCUUUGGGCUUACUUAAACGCAAUAAUUUCAUAUUUAAUAUUUUUCUUCUUUUACACAGGUUUAAAUAACAUUUGCUCCUUCCUGAUUCCUACUUGUUUAUGUUUCAAACCAUUCAACUAUGAUCUUAAAAAUCUCUACUAAAUAUUUUGAAAAUUUCUUCAAACUUCACUUGAUUCAAUUAGAAAUUUCCAGUGAUUUAGUAGAAAUCAUUUGAGUGAUCCUUUGUAAACUUAUAUAUUAAGAACGAAAAUUAAUCUAUUCCAAAAAAAAAUUAGAAAAUUAAGCACAAAAUGUAUGUUUUUAUAUUAUCGGUUUGAUACUGUGGUCGAAGCGCAACAUUUUUUUCGACUAUACUAUAUAAUUUAUAUUUUUUAUAAAACGUUUUAUUGGCCUUAUACUGGAGAUCUAGGGUCGUUCAAAUAUAAUGGUUUUUCGUUAACUUUAAUACAAUUUUUAUCGCACAUGCAACAUAAAUAUAUUGCCUUGUUACUCAAAUAUUGGUUGCUCGCCAUCAAUUAUUGAAAUGUUUGUAAGGAUUGUUAAAUUUAUGUCUUUAAAAGAAGGGGUUUAUGAUGGAAAGUAAACUAAUCGCCUGUAAUUUCAAGCUAUAUUAAAUAGUAGGGGAGCGUUAAAACUGAAUGUUUAAGUUUUUAGCAAAGGGAUUGUACUUUCCUUAAUACACUAAUGCUUUUUUAAGUGACAUAGUAUUAAAACUUGUAUUUAGGCCGCAUUUUCAAUAUACAAUUACAAUUUAUUCAAGAUUUACAUACUUUGUACUUUGAUUGCUUGUUUACUAUAUUUUACCAAUAAUUACAUUAUAAUUAUUGCCUAAGUUUGCUCAUAGACCAACGGACUUUAGUUUCAUAUUCUUUUAUAAACCUCUUACUCGAACUAUAUCAUGAAUAUUAUAAACAUGCCAUUUUGCCGAGAACUCUUAGAGUAUAAUUAGAAUUAAGUUUAAAAACAAUUAUGUAAAACUUCAAAAAAUGCCAAAUUGAUUGUUAUGGAAUUUUUUGAGUUUGUCUUUAAAAUUAUACUAAAUAAGAAAAAAAUAGAGGCGCUUUGUAUUUAUUUGGAUUGUAUUUCUUAUAAGUCAAAAAAUGUAUGUUUGCAUAGGUAGUAUUUAGUAUCACUUUUCAGCAUUAAUUAAUUAUACUGUAGAUUUUAUGCUAUUAGGAUUGAUAUACAGUCUGUUUUACUCAUG